AUGUUCACUGUCCCCUUCAAAAACCAUUUGAAUUUCUUCCGCAUUCAUCUUGUUUACUUCACUUUCUCCCCACUGAUCUUCUCCGCGAUAUUCUAUGCGAGCAAUGGAGAGUACCACAUCAGCUACAUCGACGCACUCUUCAACAGCGUCAGCGCCAUGACCGUCUGUGGGCUUGCGACGGUGGACCUCUCUAGCUUGACGGGAUGGCAGCAGACCAUUCUCUUCGUUCAGAUGUGUUUGGGGAAUCCGGUUAUCAUCUCGUGGGUCGUGGUAUACGUUCGAAGACGCAUGUUCAAAGAACAGUGCGAAGAUAUCGUGCGGAACGCGGCUCGCCGUGUCGCUGUCGAAGAGCCUGGUCAACUCGUCGAAGUCCCGACGUCCUUCCGAACUCGUAUAUUGGACUUCUUGCUUCGUCGUCGGAGCGUCAGUACGAUCGCAGAGAACGAAAGUGGAAACAUUACUCCGACAACGGCUAGCAUGAAAGGAAGCAGGUCCAGAGGUGGAGAGACCCCUCGCCUUCGUCCGGACAUGAUUCGGAGAAUCGAUGAUGCACCCAAGUUGGUAAACCCGAGUGGAUGGAUUAGCGAAGGACGCACGGAUCCUCUCAAAGUCAUACCUGUUGAGCCAGAGCCAGAGCAGAAUGAGACAACUCGGCACUUAUCGUUCGCAGGUAAUGGGGAUCCAGUGGUCGUUGGCCCAGACGAGAACGACGGAUCCCACCGGAUUGACGAUCAGAACCCUACCAGCGUAUCUACGACCAUUGCUCGCUCAGGGAUCAUGCCUCGUACACAAACCGUCGAGUUCGCUCCCACUCCUCGACGGCACCGGACGACAGCCAUCGAGGACAAUCACGAAAACCUCACUCGCCGGCCUACCAUCGAUACAAUUGCGUCUGAAAGCCAAGGCUCUCAAAGAGGCACCGUACGGCGAUAUCCCACGCUCGAUCGCACUGGGACCAUGCACACAUCCGCGAGUGUCCGUGCCAAACAAACCGGCUUUGGUGGUUUUCCUUGGCCACACGAAAUAAUCUCAAGCCUCCUAAAACAUUUCUUUCCUGACGCCAAUCGUCGCCUUAACCGCACACUUACCAUGCCUCGGACAAUGACUGUAACAUCGCAGCGUCAACCCGGUGUGACGGCUAGAGUCGUGCCGUACAUCUCCUUCGAUGCUGUCGUCGGGCGCAACUCUGUGUUCCAUUCACUCACGAAUGAACAAUUGGAGGAGCUCGGUGGCGUCGAGUAUCGCGCCUUGACCGCUUUGUUAUGGAUCGUCGCCGGCUAUCACAUAUUAGUCCAGACCCUGGCGUUGACAAUCAUAGGUCCCUACAUGACUCUACACAAAUGGCGGGAAGCUUUGUCUCCCCCAGAUCAGCAUAGAUUUGUCCCACCUGGAUGGUUCUCCGCCUUCCAAGUCGUCUCAGCCUACACAAACACAGGCAUGUCAUUAUGCGACAAAUCGAUGAUACCUUUUCAGAAAGCCUAUCCCAUGAUCGUUGUUCUUGUUAUCCUUAUUCUUGCCGGUAACACGGCUUUUGUAAUCAAUUUGGGACUCCAAUUGGGUUUCUAUAGUGCGACCGAUUGGUUUUUCUUUCUUGUCCUCGACAUUGGCAACCAAGCCAUCGACACUAUACCCCUCGGUGUCCGCUUCAUAGACGGGUUGUUACAGGCUACAGCCGUACGCGCCGCUGGAUUCGGGACGGUCACUUUGUCCGCGCUUGCGCCUGCCGUCAAGGUCUUGUAUGUCAUCAUGAUGUAUAUCAGCGUUUACCCUAUCGCUAUGAGUGUCCGUUCGACAAACGUGUACGAGGAAAAGUCGCUGGGUAUCUACCACGAGGAAUCGGACGAUGAAGACGAGGAGGACGAGGAGGCUGAGUUUGCACGUAUCGCCGCGCAGGGAAGUAGGAUGACGGUGUGGAGUCGUUAUUUGACUAUGCAUGCGAGGAAGCAGUUGGCCUUCGACAUGUGGUGGCUAGGACUAGGGUUGUUCUUGGUCUGCAUCAUCGAGGUGGGUCUUCAACUUUGA